GUCUGCGGAGUUCCCAUUGGUCGGGCGUUCCGUUAGAUUCGGACGGCAUAUACGAGACGAGACGAGACCCGCUGCAGGUCCCCGUUUUGUGCCACGAAGCCGAAGAAUAUCUGGUGGAGUUCAUGCAAAUUCAAUGUUUGGAUGACUGGUAACCCGCGCAUUUCUGCUUCCCCCACCUCGGACAUCGCCUUCUUUAAAUCCGGCCUCCUCCCCCGUGUUUGAUUCACCAAGUGGAAGGACAAGCCAGCGACGACUCUGAUGAUGGAGAUCACCUCACAUUCUUCCAUUCCCUUUUGCCUCCUCGUCUCUCUGCUCUUCUGCCUCUGCUCAUCGGCGGCGGCCGCCAACGUCACCUACGAUGGAAGAGCAAUCAUCAUCGACGGCCAAAGGAAGCUUCUCAUCUCUGGCUCGAUUCACUAUCCGCGCAGCACUGCUCAAAUGUGGCCUGACCUCGUGAAGAAAGCCAAAGAAGGUGGACUCGAUGCCAUCGACACUUACAUCUUUUGGGAUUCCCAUGAGCCACGUAAAAGAGAGUAUAAUUUCGAGGGCGAUCUCGACUUCAUCAACUUCAUCAAGAUUGUCCAAGCCGCAGGACUCUACGUUGUUCUCAGGAUAGGGCCAUAUGUCUGCGCCGAGUGGAAUUACGGAGGCUUCCCUUUGUGGCUACAUCAGAUUCCAGGAAUUCAACUAAGAACUAAUAAUGACAUCUACAAGGCUGAAAUGCAAACCUUUACGACUCUGAUAGUCGACAUGGUCAAGAAGGAAAAUCUAUUAGCAUCUCAAGGUGGACCCAUCAUUCUUACUCAGAUCGAGAACGAGUACGGGAACUUCAUUGACAAGUAUGGAGAUGCAGGUAAACAAUACCUCCAAUGGUGUGUGAAUAUGGCAGUAUCACUCGAUGUCGGUGUCCCAUGGAUCAUGUGCCAACAAGCAGAUGCUCCACCUCCUACCAUAAAUACAUGCAAUGGAUUCUACUGUCACAAGUUCGUGCCAAAUCGCGAAGGUAGUCCCAAGAUGUGGACAGAAAAUUGGACAGGAUGGUUCCAAGCUUGGGGAGAUGGUCAACCACAUAGACCUGCUGAGGAUGUAGCUUAUGCAGUGGCUUACUUCUUUGCUUCUGGAGGCACUUAUCAAAAUUAUUACAUGUAUCACGGAGGAACAAACUUUGCUCGAACUUCAGGAGGUCCUUUUCUAGUAACAUCAUAUGAUUAUGAUGCUCCUUUGGAUGAAUAUGGGAACAUAAAGCAACCCAAAUGGGGACACUUGAAGCAACUACAUAGUGCCAUCAAACUGAUGGAGAAGGCUCUAACAUAUGGUGACCUGAAUACUACAAACAUAGGGAACGGAGUAGCGGUGAUGAAAUACUCGGCAGAAGGAUCUACUUCUGGCUGCUUCUUGGUGAAUGUUAAUGGGUCAAACGAUGUGACUGUGACAUACAAUGGCAAUGCAUAUUUUGUGCCCGGUAGGUCCAUCAGUGUCCUCCCUGAUUGUGUUCAGGAAGCUUACAACACUGCCAAGGUAACAACACAAACCACUUUGAUGAUUAACAAGCCUGCAAGCUCCAAGUUUAGUUGGCAGUGGCAUCCCGAGAAGAUCAAAGACACCCUUAAAGGAAAGGGCUCAUUCUCUAAUAACUCGCUCUUGGAGCAGAUAAUGACAACCGGUGAUACGAGUGACUACUUGUGGUACAUGACUAGUGUAACUCUCAAUCAAUCCGAUCCACUGUGGAAUGACACGAUGAACCUGCGAGUUCAAACCAAAGGCCAUAUUCUUCACGCUUAUGUUAACAAGCACCUUAUAGGAUCACAAUACGCUACAAAAGGAAAUUACAAGUUUGACUUUCGGCAGGCAACUAAAUUCCAAGUUGGACAUAAUGUCAUCACAUUGCUCAGUGCUACUGAUGGCCUUGCGAACUAUGGAGCAUUUUUCGAUAUGCAAAGGGCAGGAAUUGAUGGUGGUCCAGUCCAAAUCAUUGGCAAUGGAAACAAUCCCCUGGACUUAUCGAAUAACACCUGGUCAUACAAGGUGGGACUAAAUGGAGAAAGGAGUCAAAUUUACUCACCGUCGUCACACCACGGUGCUAAGUGGAAAUCUAAUACACUUCCAACCAAUGCGCCGAUGACUUGGUAUAAGACUACAUUUGAGGUUCCAGCAGGCGAUGGCGGUCUGGUGUUGGAUUUGGAAGGAAUGACAAAAGGGCAAGCAUGGGUGAAUGGCAAGAACAUUGGCCGUUACUGGGUAAGUUUCAUUGCCGGCAAUAAUGGGUGUGGACCUUGCGAUCGUCGACAACCAUAUAAUUCCGACAAUUGUAGAACUGGUUGCGGAAAGCCUUCACAGAGAUGGUACCAUGUUCCAAGAUCAUACACUACGCAAGGCCCGAAUACUCUGGUCCUGUUUGAAGAAGUUGGUGGAGAUGUUGCUCAAGUAAAUCUUCAGACAGUGGCUGUUGGAACUGUCUGUUCUAAUGUUCUCGAGGGAAGCACCCUUGAACUAUCUUGCCAAGGAGAAGGAAGCUUCACUGAUAUCCAAUUCGCGAGCUUCGGAAACCCUCAAGGAUCAUGCGGUUCAUUUACAAAAGGCUCUUGCGAUGCUCCUAAUGCAUUAGAUGUCGUUAAGAAGGCAUGCAUUGGGCAAUCUCAAUGUUCGAUCGACGUGGCCGAAAGUGUAUUCAGUUCGAGCGGAUGCAGCGAACCAAGGAAGAGUUUGGCAGUGCAGGCAGUUUGUUGAUCAGCUCAUGCUGUGUUAGCUCAGCCUUCAGCCUUCCUUUCAACAAAAAUAAUAAUGUUCUGACACACACAAUAACUUUGAAUGUACUCCAGAAUUCGUUAAUGAAAUAUUUUAUUCAUCCUGAUUGAACAAUCAAAUAUGAUAAGAUACUAAGCAUUUAACAGAUUCAGAAAACUGGAUGAUAUAAAUGAGAACUU